UUCACUCCAAGAAGUCCCAAGAGCUUUGCAAACGUUGUUAAGACAAUCUUUCUAUUCUACUCUGUAUCCAGGCUCCUUCAUCACAUUUAUCCAGGCAAAAGAAAAUACUCUCUGGCUCUUAUUUCUCAAAGGAACUUGUGUCCCGGAUCCUGCCUACUGGAAGAGGAAACUAGAUCUAGCAGGCCAGGCAUCCAUAAUCACCACUGCCACUACUCCUUGCAUUCACAACUGCUGGUCUUGUUUCUUACCGCCAAGCUGGAGUCACUUAAGCGCUGGAAUGAGGAGAGGAUGGUGUGGUGUGAGAAAGGGGUCCAGAUUCUGCUCACAACGGUGGGGGCCUUUGCUGCCUUUGGCCUCAUGAUCAUCGCCAUUGGCACCGAUUACUGGCUGUACGCUCGUGCCUUCAUUUGCAAUACCACAAACAUCUCUACGGAGGAAACUCCCCAGAAGGACAAGAAAGACCCUGGAGGACUCACCCAUUCAGGUCUCUGGAGGAUAUGCUGCUUAGAAGGGCUGAAGCGAGGGGUGUGUGUGAAAAUCAACCACUUCCCAGAGGACACAGACUACGAUCACGACAGUGCGGAAUACCUCCUACGUGUGGUACGAGCCUCAAGCAUCUUUCCUAUCCUAAGUGCUAUUUUGCUGUUGCUGGGAGGAUUCUGCGUAGCUGCCAGCCGUGUCUACAAGUCAAAGCGCAACAUCAUUCUAGGUGCUGGCAUCCUAUUUGUUGCUGCAGGCCUCAGUAACAUCAUUGGCGUCAUCGUCUACAUCUCGGCCAAUGCUGGUGAUCCUGGCACAAAACGUGACGAUGAGAAGAAGAGCCACUAUUCUUACGGCUGGUCCUUCUAUUUUGGUGGCCUUUCCUUCAUCCUGGCUGAGAUGAUCGGCGUGCUGGCGGUUAAUAUAUACAUCGAGAAGAAUCGCGAGGCGCAUUGCAAGAGCCGCACAGAACUCUUGAAGAACCCUUCCUCCUCCUCCUCGGCCAUCCUGCGCCUGCCCAGUUACCGUUUUCGGUACCGCCGCCGGUCGCGUUCCAGUUCCCGCUCCACCGAGCCCUCGCAGUCCCGAGAAACGUCUCCCGUUGGCCUGAAGGGCUUCCCUUCCACCGACAUCUCUAUGUACACACUGUCUAGGGACCCAUCCAAGGCCAACGUCAGUUCCCUCUACGGCGGUGCGAGCGAGACGGCCUCCACGGGGGCGACGACCUCCGGGGCAACCGGGACUGGUGGUGGAUUCUUGCAGUUGCACAACACCUUCCCCAAAGAUCCUGGGGUGACAGUCACAGUGACCGGGCCUGGUGUAGCCGGAGCCACUGGUACCCUGGGUAAAGAUGCCUCUUCCAACACCAACACACUCAACAGGAAGACCACGCCAGUGUAGGGAUGGACUUAAGAGAGGAGAGGGCAUGGGAAGGAGAAAAGGGGAAGAGAAGAUACUGUUGAAAGGACAUCAGGAGAGUCAGAAUGUUGAGAAGCAAGGAAACCGUCCAUCCAACAAGCAUCUUCCUUGCUUGCUUGCUUUGCUUUGCUUUGCCCUUCAUCCUCUCCUCUC